AUGUCGAAAAAUAUAUUCUACAGCAGUCAGACUAUUCUCCUUACGGGCGCUACGGGAAGCCUUGGAGGAUGUGUUCUCUUCAAACUUGCCACCGUGCUUCAGGCUCGCAGAAUCUUCGUCCUGGUACGGGAUGAAGUAGCCAGUGCCAUAUCAAAGUGGCGAACAAGUAUGCCGCAACAGCUUGAGGAAAUGUUGAUAAGCGGAUGCAUCACCUUCAUUAUAGGUGAUAUGAAGCUACCGGACUUUGGUCUCGAUGCUACAACAUUGGAGGACCUGAGGGCAGAAGUCACGAUUGUCAUCCACGCCGCCGCCAACAUCAGCUUGAAAUCAAGUUUGCGUCAAGCUAUGUUAGAGAAUGUUGUCCCGGCCCUAGAGCUUGGGCGUAUGGCAGGCCAUUUCCCCAACCUCAUUAGCUUUGUCCAGAUUUCCAGCGCAUAUGCUUGUUCGUUUCUCCCAGAUGGACCUGUGCAAGAGACGUUGUUCCCAAUCCAGGAUCCAUCCGGGAUCUUGCAGGCCAUCCUCGAAGGCUCAAACGAUGACUGGGGCGGUUACUCAUGGCCAUACGCGCGUUCGAAGCAUCUUAUGGAGGUUCUACUUAGCUCCACGUUCCCGAAACUUCCACUACUCAUUGUUCGUCCUACCAGCAUUGGGCCAGCAAUCGACCAGCCGUUCCAACUUUACGGACCGCCGGGGUCCAUACCACUUGAUACCUUCUUUGCCGGCUUAUUCUCCCUGCCCGGCCAGACGGCCGUCCUCCCAGCAGCAAAUAGGUCGGCAACCGGGGCCAAUAUCGUCGACGAGAUUCCAGUCGAUCUUGUGGCGAAUAUCUUGCUCCAACACAUACAGCUUGGGACACGGGGUGUUGUACAUGCGUGUAGCCGCGAUUACGUCCCUAAAACCAUGAAUCAACUCAUUGAAGAGUUAUAUGAUGGCACACCUCGCUUGUACCAAAAAGACUUGGUCAAAGUAAAGUUUACUCAGAACACCACAAAGGAACUAUCACGCAUUGCUAAACUGUACUGUAUGUCUCAUCGUGAUUGGGACUUCAAGAAUGAUAAGAACAAGGACCUUGAAGGCUCGGGACCGCUGGGUAUGGAUCUUGGUCAUCAUGAUGCGGUUGGCUUUGCGCGGCGAAGAAUCAGAAAGAUAUGGCUAUCGAUUUCUCACCAUGAAAAGGGGCUGCCCUCGCGACUCUAA